ACUAUGAGAAGACAUAGAAAUGAAGUUACAAUUGAAUUGCGGAAGAACAAAAGAGAUGAACAUCUUUUGAAAAAAAGAAAUGUUCCCCAAGAAGAAAGUUUAGAAGAUUCUGAUGUUGAUGCUGACUUCAAAGCACAAAAUGUAACACUAGAAGCUAUACUGCAGAACGCCACAAGUGACAACCCAGUGAUCCAACUGAGUGCUGUCCAAGCUGCAAGAAAACUCCUAUCCAGUGACAGAAAUCCACCUAUUGAUGACUUAAUAAAAUCAGGAAUUUUGCCAAUUCUGGUAAAAUGCCUAGAAAGGGAUGAUAAUCCAUCAUUACAAUUUGAAGCUGCAUGGGCGUUGACUAACAUAGCAUCAGGCACUUCUGCACAGACUCAAGCUGUUGUACAGUCUAAUGCAGUACCCCUCUUCUUGAGACUACUUCAUUCACCACACCAGAAUGUUUGUGAGCAAGCUGUCUGGGCUCUCGGAAAUAUUAUCGGUGAUGGUCCUCAGUGUAGAGAUUAUGUCAUAUCACUGGGAGUUGUCAAACCUCUUCUGUCCUUCAUCAAUCCCUCCAUUCCCAUCACCUUCCUUCGGAACGUCACAUGGGUCAUUGUAAAUCUCUGCAGGAAUAAGGACCCCCCACCGCCUAUGGAGACAGUUCAGGAGAUUUUGCCAGCAUUGUGUGUUCUCAUUUACCAUACAGAUAUAAAC